UGGCAGGCUACAGUCCAUGGGGUCGCAAGAGUCAGACAUGACUUAGCGACUAAACCACUACCACCAAAUCAAAACCAUUCCUCUCUUCAGAGAAGUAUAAUUGAAUUCAGAGUCUCUGCAACAUAACAGAUUGCAGAGUCUUUGCAAUCCAAAGUUACUCCACAUGCAAAGAGCCGGGGUGCUGUGAACCAUCCUCAAGGGAAAAUACAAUCAACAGACUCUCAUCAUGUGAUGACUCAGGUGUUGGGUGAUUAGACAAGCACUUAAGAGCCAACGAAGUAACUGUGUUCAGUGACGUAAAGGAAAAUACACUCCUAGUGAACGAAAACAUAGGAAAUCUCAGCAGAGGGAUAGAAAAUGUUUUUUAAAACCAGCCAAAUGGAAAUUUUAGAAUUGAAAAAUAUAACACUUGAAAGAAAACAUUCACUGAAUGGGCAUAAUAGACUGGAAAGGACAAGAUGUAGUCAUAGACUUCAAAGACAGAUGAGUAGAAAUCAUCUGGUCUGGAGACAAACUGGGGAAGUGAUGGGGGAAAGCAAGAGGAGCCUUAGGGACUCACAGAGCAGCGAGAAGCGUGAAAUGCACGGUGACUGUGGGGCCCAGAGGGGAGGCAAGAGGCACGGUGGGGCAGGAGAAGUGCUUGAAGAACAGACUCUCCCAAUACGGUGAAAAACAUAGAUUUAUAGAUUAAAGAAGCUCAAGGAGUCUCAAACCGGGUGAAUGUGACUAAAACCACACUUGGGCACAUCAUUUUUAAGUUAUUGAACACUUUAAGAUUCACUUUAAAAAUCUUGAAAGCAGCCAGAGAAAAACAACAGAUUAUAUACACACAGUGCUGCAAACACUAGGAACUUAUCAUCAGAAGGCCAGUGGAGUGCUGGAAGAAAGUCAACCUCCCAGCAGCGUGUGCUAAAUACAGAUAGUUUCAGAAAAAGGAAAGCUGAUAGAAUUUGUUGCCGUCAUCUGUGUACUGUCAGAAAUGCUAAAGGAAGUUUUUCCUGGCUGAAGGUAAAUGCUAUGAGAGUGAAACUCAGAUCUUUAUGAGCAAGUGACGAGCAUCAAAAAGAGUAAAUAGCUGGAGAAAUGUCUUCUUUAAAGUAUGUAUUUAGGGACUUCCCUGGCGGUCCAGUGAUUUACAAUUCCACAGAAAAAGGUGAAAUAUGUAUUUAAAGAAAAAAAUCAGAACGUGUCUUGAGUUUGUAAUGCAUGCAGUGAAAUGUGCAUGAUGGCCAUCACAUGAAGGUUCACAGAUCUGCAGGUUCUGCCUUGACACGUCGUGCUGUAGUGUUCUAAGCAGGCUGUGAAACAGGGUCAGAGCAACAACCAUGAAAUAAUGCAGAGAACCAUAACUAAAGAACUAGAAGAUAAAUUGAAAGGGAACUUAAAAAAAAUUCAAAUAAUAUAAAAGAAAGCAGGAAAGAGAAGUAAAACACUGCAGAGAUGAACAGAAAACAAAUAAAACAGUAGCCUUAAACCCAACCACAGUGUCAUUAUACACUUGCCAAAGCCCAACAUCAAAAGUGAUCCUGUUGUAAACAUGGACUUGAGGCAAGAGUGAUGUGCCCGUGUAGGUUCGUCAGAGUACUUCUCUGGGGCAGGAUGUUAAUAGUGGGAGAGGCUCUGCUUGUGUGUGGGCAGCAGGUGUAUGAAACUCUCUUCCUUCCUGCUUAGUUGGGCGGUGAACAAAAACUUCUAAAAAAAAUAAUUUUUUAUGUAUUAAGACAAAGGAACAAGUAGAAAACAAAUAAUAAAAUGGUAGACCUAAGUCUAACCACAGUGAUAUUUACAUUAAUUAUUAGUGGACUAAACUCUCCAGUUAAAAGUUAGAAAUGAUAAGAAUGAGUAAUAAGCAAGAUCCUAUGACAUGCUGUCUAUGGGAGAUUCACUUUAAGUAUAAAAAUCACAAGCUGAAAAUAAGUGGAUGCAAAAUGUGUAUGUAUACAAAUAGCACAAGAUGGCUGGAGUGGCUGUACUAAUAUCAGGUAAAGUAGGUUCAAGAUGAGUAUUACCAAAGAGAACCGGAAAAUUCUAGUGAUAAAGAGGUUGUUUCAUCAGAAAAACAUCAGUUACAAAUGCACCCAAUAAAGGAAAUAAUAAGCAAUUCCACAAUCAUAGGCAAUUUUAACACUUUCUCUCACCAGUUGUUAGAACAAAAGACCUAAAGAAAUCAGUGAAGACAUAGAGGGUCUGAACAGUGUUCCUGGAAUCUUGACCUGAGUGUUGUUUAUAGAGCCACACCCAUCAGAAGCAAAACACAGAUUCCUUCAAGUGCAUGUUGUCUAACAUAGACCAAAUGCUGUGCCCUGAAACAAGCCUCCAGGAAAGGUAAAGAAGAAAAGCUGCAUUUAUUUGCAUAGGACAUGAUUAUUUAUGUAGACGAUGCUAAGAAAUCUGAAAAACUGCUUAGGAUGGAAAAAAGCAAGAACCAUUAGAGAAAAAAUGGUUGCAGUUAAUUUUAUGAAAAUGAAACAUUUGUUCUUCUAAAGAGACCCAUAAGAAAAUGAAAAGACAAGUCACAGAAUGGGAGAAAUGUCUGCAGUACACAUACCUGGCAAAGGACAUGUGAAGAGCUAGCACAUAAUAAUAGAAAAACAACUCAGCCGAACACUGGCCCAGAGAUAUGAAUAGACUCGUCACAAGAGAUGUAAGGUGUGUGAGUGGCCCACAAGCAGGACAGAGGUGCUUACCAUAUCUAGUUGCAGAAACACAGAUGGGAACAGAAGAGAGCCGCCGCCUACCUGCCAGUGUGUGAUCACGACCUGGUGUGGCUAGAACAGGUGAGGCGCUCAGAGCUUCGGGGGCUGCAUGUGGGGCCAUGGCGGAGAACAGCUGGGCGUUAGCUUCCCAGAGUUACCUUGACCCAGUGCUUCCAGAUGUUGACCCAAGAAGAAGGAAGGCAAGUGACCAUGCAGGAACGGGCCCAAGAAUGUCCUCGGCAGUGUUAGCCAAAAUGCGGAAAUAGCCAUGUGGCCAUUGGCAGGCAGUGGGCAGGGGAAGUGUCCUCACGGUGGAUGCCACUGAGUCAUGAGAGGGCAAAGUACAGAGGAAUUCAAAGAUCCCUAUGGCUGUGCUGAUGGGCCGGAGCCCAAACCAAGGUGCGUGGAUGGUGUGGUCCUUUCCCCUGAAAUUGCAGGAGACACAGUCCAUGUGUAGUGGUGGGGUCUGAGGAGGGACGGCAUGGUGUGCACACUUGUCAGUGGUGUCUGUUAAGAAGCAGAUGGAGGUGUCAGCUGAGCUGAUUCCUGAAUCAAAGGUGGCAGUGUGUGUGUGACACCAGUAGUUGCAACCGAGGGGACUUCACAUCCUAGCAAGGGGCCGAUGCCCCAGGGAAGAGCUGGUGUUUUUAACGGAGGUACUUGACUCCGGACUGGGGGAGCGCCAUCUGCUCUAUCAGCCUGGACUGAACCCAUCACAGAGUGAGCAACAGGACAGACCCCAGCCUGGGACCCCUGGGCCCUGGGCCAGUGGACGGAGCCGCUCGUCAUCCCCCAGGCCCAAGUGCGCUCUUUGAGAUACACCCUCCCUUGAACCUGAGCUCGUCUUCCUCAUGCUCAGCUUCCUCCAACAGCUGUUUUUAUUAAGAGAAAAGUCUUUUUAGAAGUGACUUUUGUGUGUUUGGGACAGAUUAUAAUUGUGGUUCCCACCUUGAAGAAAUUGGUUAAAAAUCCAGCUAACGUUUACUUCCAGGGUCGUGCAGGCUAGUGUGUUUCCCUGGUUACUCUAGAGAUGUGGCAGUGUGAGCACUAAAUCACCUGUGCUGUCUCAUCUCGAGUGGUUUCCGUGUUAGGAAGUUUACUUGAGGCCGGUGGUCCUAUUUCGUCUGUCUGCUCUCGGGACCCACCGCCCGCCAGAAGCUCUUGCCCAGGGCUCCCUGUGCUGUCGCCCCAGCUGGAGGUUGCUCACCCGAUCCUUCUGUGAUGACAGCAGGUGGGCAGCUCGUCUUCCUCUGACCGGCCUGGCCCUUCAGAGGCACACCCACCGCCCGACAGUUCUGUCUCUGGGUGAAAAUGCUGGAAAUUGAAUGCGGGUCUUACAAGGACAGGAUGAAGUGGUGGGUAGGAUGGCCAGCUCCCCUGACCCCUCCACUCAGGUUCAGCCUCCCUUCUGGGAAGCCACAGUGCACGGGCGGUGGAAAGCCAGAGGGAGGGAGGGAGUCUGUUGGAUCCUGAUCCGGGCGGGCCGAGCCCUGGGGGCUCCUGAAGGGAAGUCUGGCCGGACCCUGAGCCCCAAGGCCAAGGCCCAGAUGUGUCUGGCUGUGCUUGACCAGCAGCGGGGCCUCACCUGUCCACCUGGAUUUGCAGGCUGGGCUCCAGGGUUGUGACACUCUGGAGCCAGCGACCAAUCCCCCGACUGCUGAUCGAGGGUGGCGAGGGCCUGAAUGUCUGCGGCCCACGUCCAAGAGGGCCAGACCCUGCACUCCGGGACAUGGCGCUCCAGCGUGCCGUCCUCCUGGCUGGCCUCCUGGUGGAAGUUGCUAGCAGAUCCUCGGGAACUGCGCUGGACCUCUUCUUGGAGCUGAAAUGGAGUCUCCACAGAGCUGCCCACUGGCACUGGCCAGAGCUAGUGGGAUGGACAGAGAUGCCUGCUCCAGGCUCAACUCGGCCAGGUCAUGACUACCAAGUCAGUGACACAGGGUCAGCAGCCUGAGUGCUGUGUGGAUGCGGGGGACAUCAAUGCCACCUGCCCAGGCACUAGCCUGUGUGGCCCAGGCUGCUAUGGGCACCCAGCCGAGGAUGGGAGCGUCAGCUGCAUCCAGUGCAGGAACGGAACCCACAACAGCUCCGAGUGCAGAGGCCUCGCCGGCCGAGGUGCACAGUUCCCUGUGAACAAGAGCACAGGGAUGCCUGGGCGGCAGAGUGUCGGGGGCCCUCAGGUGGCCGCCUCCCUCUUCCUGGGGACGUUUCUCAUCAGCUCGGGCCUCAUCCUCUCCGUGGCUGCAUUCUUCUACCUCAAGCGAGCCAGCAAGCUGCCCAAGGUCUUCUAUGGAAGAAACAGAGCUCCCGCCCUGCAGCCUGGCGAAGCCGCCGUGAUGAUCCCCCCACCUCAGUCCUCAGUGCGGAAGCCGCGCUAUGUCCGGCGUGAGCGGCCCUUGGACAGGGAUGUGGGCCCCACCACUGUCUCCUCUGUGGAGGCCCGGGUGAGCAACGUCUGACCCCAAGGUCCACCCACAGCUCCACACACCGCAGAGGAGGGGCCCCCAUGCACAAAGGCUGGGUGCUGCCCAGCGAGACCUCGGGAUGGGCCCAGACACGGCCCUGGCUUGGCUCGUCUGAUUCCAGCCACAUAUGCAGAGGGGGAGCCACCCACCUGCAGGCCUUCCUCACCACACAUGGCACUCAGUAUGACCAACCCGGGGCAUCACUGCAGCCUCUGUCCCUGAGCCCAGGUGGGGAGCCAGGCACAUGGGGUCUGUGCCCCAUGGGAGAGACAGCCUGCAGGACCCUGGGUGCUCCUCUGCCCUGGAGCCCAUGGUGAGCAGAUUCCCUGCAUCCUAAGAGCAGUGAGGCCCAGGCCUUUGAGGUUCCAGCUGCGUCCACAUGGAGGUGGGAUGGGCCUGGGGACCGCCCGCCCACCGCAGACUCAGGCACCACAGGCUGUGCUGUGUUGCUGCCCAGUCCCAGGAGCUGCAGGACCGAGUUGCUUGGCUUUCUGCUGACUCCUGUGUGUGUUUAAGCAGAAACGCAUUUUGUACAAAAGUCCAAGAGGCAUGCUGCCCUCAUCUGAGCCCUGCCUGGGCCCCAGGCACUACAGCUCCUCAUCCAGCUGGGGAUGGACACUGGCCUGAAACUGCUGGAGGUCAAGGCCCCCCAGGGACGUGUCCACCCAGGGCCACAUUUACCUGUGACUGCUGCCUGGAAGCCUGGACUGGCUCAUCACACCAGCCUCCCAAGGACCUCGCUGGCCGGCAGUCCUGUCUGGCUGCCCCCACCCUGAGGCACCAGCCAAGGUUCCCAUGGAGACGAGAGUGUUGGGGCACCCACUGCGUGAGGGUGGAGUGUGGCCUGGCCUCCCCAGAAUCUCUGUUGGGACUGCUGUCUCCUCCUUCGGGAUCUGGUCCGAGUCUGUGCCGCCCGAGGCAGGGCCUGUGUGGCCAGCCUCCCACCUUCUGUACCAUGAUUCCCACUGGAGCCUUUGCAGUUUCUGGACAUGAGCUCAGUCACCAGGAUGUGAAUGGAUGACUGGCUGGUGGCCAUGAGGGGCAGCCACCUGAAAUUAGCAUCAAUAAACCACUCAGGCCUUUCU